AAAAUAGCCAUUUUCCCAGGCAGCAGUUUGUUGCAACAGCGAAGCGAAGCGAGGGGGAAGCGACGGCUGCCGCUGCUGCUCCUGACAGCGCACCACUUGUUAGGUUGCUCUCCGAGCCCCGGGUGUGUUUCGUGUCGAUCUUUAACCUCAUCCUUCACCACCCACGUGCAAGAACAGCCGGAUUUUUUUUUUCUCCCCCCCCCUUCUCACGGAUUUAGGAUUAACUCGCCUGUCGAGAUAUGAUGUGGACUGGAUUGUUGAAAAUGGAAUUGUGGUGGUUGUCGCAAUCAUAAAAGACCUGAAGCCUGAUCCUAAGCAUGUUCACUCAGAAGUAAGAUCCACUGAAUUCAGUGUGCCUGGACACUUAAAAGCAGCCUGAAAAAGAGAAAUGGAGCCUCGAAUGCCUCACAACAUGACUGUGGCCCCCAGUUCUACCAUGGUACAGCCUCUUCUGGAGAGCCGGAUCCCUUAUGGCAGAUUGCAACAUCCCUUGACUAUCCUGCCUAUCGACCAGAUGAAGACCACACAUAUGGAGAACGACUACAUUGACAAUCCCACGCUGGCUCAACUGGUUGCUCAGAAGCCUCCCCGGAGCCACCACGAGCCCACCCUUCCGCCCCGGUGUGAACAAGAUGUCACCCAUCCAUGGAUCUCCUUCAGUGGGCGGCCCAGCUCCAUCAGCAGCAGCAGCAGCACAUCCUCAGAUCAAAGGCUUUUGGACCACAUGGUCCCGGCUCCCGUGGCUGACCAGUCCUCCUCCCCAAGAGCAGUUCGGCUUCAGCCCAAGGCGGUUCACUGCAAGCCCUUGGAUCUGAAAGGACUCCCCUCUCUGAAACCGGACAAGCACUUUUUGCUGUGUGAAGCCUGUGGAAAAUGCAAGUGUAAGGAAUGUGCCCUGCCUAGGACUCUGCCGUCGUGUUGGGUGUGCAAUCAGGAGUGUCUGUGCUCAGCCCAGAACCUGGUCAAUUACUCCACCUGCAUGUGCUUGGUGAAGGGCAUAUUCUACCACUGCACCAACGAGGAUGACGAGGGCUCCUGCGCAGACCACCCCUGCUCUUGCUCCCACUCGAACUGCUGUGCCCGUUGGUCCUUCAUGAGCGCCCUCUCCUUGGUUUUCCCUUGCUUGCUGUGCUACCUGCCAGCCACCGGCUGCGUGAAGCUAUCACAGCGAUGCUAUGACCGAGUGAGUCGGCCUGGAUGCCGGUGCAAAAACACAAACAGCGUGAUUUGUAAAGCGUCCCCGGAUGGGAAGGCUGACAGCAGACUAGAGAAAACUUUUUGACUGCUGGGGAGAUGUUGGGAAGUGCAGGAUGGGAAAAGAAAACACGAAGGGUGUUUUGUCACCUAUGUCAAAGUAUAACAUAUGUCAGCCUUUUGCAGGGAGGGAAGAAGGAAAGGAAGGGAAGGGAAGGGAAGGAAGGAAGGAAGGAAGGAAGGAAGGAAGGAAGGAAGGAAGGAAAUGGAUAUGGAUAUUUUGCAGUGCAAGGGCCAAAACAGAAAAACAUAGAGCAAUUUAAAGACAUCUCCUCUCCUAGUCCUUAGUCCUGGCAGUUUGAUCCAUCUAGAGAUUGCAAGAAUAAUCCAGAAGUAGGCUUGGCAUGUACAUCAGCAGAUGGAAGCAGGACUUCAGUUCAGGGCCGCCAUCCAAUUCACAUAUUUAUAGGUUAUGGGCAGUAAGGGCUAAGUUUCCCUCAAGGCUUUAACAUGAAUGUUCCUUACCGCCUGGUUUUGUUGUUGUCAUUGUUGUGUCUGUACGUUGUGAGAGUACUCCUUUUAAAAAAAUAAUCUUUCUGAAUAUGUAGAAAUCAGUAGCUCUUCUCAGGUAUUAAGCUUAUAACAGAGUAUUCAAACUUGAAUAGAGGGUUCAGGACUGACCAGAUGGGUAGAUUCAAGGACAGGGCAUUCUGCACCCUCCCUGUAGAGGUUUAAAUACCCUGGGUGAGCUUAACACCUGGAUUAGCGCUACCUGUAACUCAUGUUGAUUCUACUGCCAUU